AUGGCCAACCCCAACGCGGACGCCGAGCACACCGACUCGAGCAGUACCCAUUAUGGCACCGCCAACGGCGAGAAGCCUCGCAAGGGCUCCAUCCUAGACAACCGCAAGGUCUCGACAGCUGCCUUGCUGCGCAACCCCCUGGCCGGCCUGACAACCGAGGAGAUCCUCGCCGACGUCGACGUGUUCUACGAGAAGCUUUACAACGACAAGGACGCCGUCCGCUCGCGCGAGGGCAAAAAGGCCAUGCUCAACUUCAAGAAGCAGAAGCCCUUUGACUUUGAGCAGUGCCACGAGGAUUUCCGUCGCGGUGCCCUGCUCGCCCAGGUCAACCACACGCCCGGUGCCUAUGAAAAUAUCGAUGUCAUCCGCGAGGAGGAAAAGGCUGUCCUUCGUCGUGAAGAAACACACAAAUGGGACCAGCCCUUUGCCCUUUACUUCCUCUGCACGCUCUGCGCCGGAUCGGCCAUUGUCCAGGGUAUGGACCAGACUGCUGUUAACGGCGCUCAAACUUUUUACUAUGAGGAGUUCCAGAUUGAGGAUAGCCCCAGUUUACAAGGUCUCCUCAACGGUGCCCCCUACCUCUGCUCCGCCCUCCUUGGGUGCUGGUCAAACCCCAUCCUCAACAAGAUUGGCGGACGUCGCUUCACCAUCUUCUUCUCCUGCUUCAUCUCUGUGGUCACCGGUUUCUGGAUGGCCGUCGCCGACUCAUUCGUUAACCUGCUCAUUGCACGCUUCGCCCUCGGUUUCGCAGUCGGUGCCAAGUCGUCAACGACGCCCGUCUACUCGGCCGAGUGCACCCCCAAGAACAUCCGUGGUGCUCUCACCAUGAUGUGGCAGAUGUGGACCGCGUUUGGUAUCUGUCUAGGUUUCGUUGCCUCGGUGGUCUUCUCCGAUGUGACAGUCUUUGGCAGGCUUUCUCCCUGGCGCUGGAUGUUGGCUUCUACUGCUGUCCCACCCAUGUUUGUUAUGGCGCAGGUGUACUUCUGCCCCGAGUCCCCUCGCUGGUACAUGGAGAGGGGCCGCUUCCUCAAGGCCUAUGAGUCCAUGGUGCGCCUUCGUCGAAUCCCGAUCCAGGCCACCCGCGACAUGUACUACGCCUACAAGCUGCUCGAGGUCGAGCAGGCUAACAAGGAGGGCCACAAGUGGACCGAAUUCUUCACUGUUCGUCGCAACCGUCGUGCCGCCCAGUCGGCUUGGUUUACCAUGUUUAUGCAGCAAUUUUGCGGCGUCAACGUUAUUGCGUAUUACUCCACCAUCAUGUUCAUGGAGGCUGGCUUCCCUCGUGACCAAGCCCUUCUUGCGUCCAUGGGCGGUGGCUUGAUCAACUUUUUCUUUGCCAUCCCUGCGAUCUACACCAUCGACACUUUUGGACGAAGAAACCUCCUCCUCGUCAGCUUCCCCCUCAUGUCCAUCUUCCUCUGGUUUACCGGUGGUUCCUUUAUGAUCGACGGCAUCGGCAAUACAGAUUCUACCACCAAGCUGGCCUGUGUGACCACUGGAAUGUACCUCUUCAUGAUGGCAUACUCGCCUGGUGAGGGCCCUGUGCCGUUCACCUACUCUGCAGAGGCCUUCCCGCUGCACUUCCGCGAUAUUGGCAUGUCCGCCUCGACGGCCAUUACAUGGGGCUUCAACUUCAUCAUCUCCUUCUCCUGGCCCAACAUCUCGAAGGCUUUUGGUGACCACGGUGGUUUCUUCUUCUACGCCACCUGGAAUAUGAUUGGUUUUGUCUUCACGUACUUUAUGCUCCCCGAGACCAAGGGUCUCACAUUGGAAGAGCUCGACAACGUCUUUAGCGUUCGCAACCGCGAGCACGCUGGCUACUACACCAAGAAACUGCCCUGGUACAUCAAGAAGAAUCUCCUGCGUCAGGAUGUUGAGCCCUUCCCUCCCCUGUACUCAUUCGCCAGCGACGCACCUAGCGGUAAGGAGCAGCCCACCGCCCAGCACAGCGAGGGUCUCUUCAACCCGGACGAAGAGAAGCGCGUUGGCACGUAA